AUGCCCGAUCAAAAUGAUGUGGAAUCCCUGAGGGGCGCGUGGCAGGCUGUAUGGAGUUCUGACAAUUGGUUGAUGGCAAGUUACCUGCAUUAUAUCCUCACUGGAAUACCACAGGAGCCAUUUCUGUUAUGCCGCCUGGGGUGGAUAGGCGGUGCGGCUCCAUACGACAUGUGCUGCAUCGAGAGUUUUGGCGCCAUAUGUCCCAUGCUCAACGUCCCAGCACCAGUUAUCAGCACCAAGUCUGACACCACGAAGCUGACUGUCAACCCUCCCGCCACGGUCUCUGGAGAUGAUAAAGUCCAGAGUCAUUCGACUGCAAGCGCAAAUUUGUCGGAUGGCAGCUUUGAUUAUUCGGCAAAGUACAAGAGAUCGGUGAUGGAGCUCCCUUCUAGUCCGGCGUCUUCCCGUCCAUCCAUGAAAGACAAACACCAGGCACAGCUAUAA